CUGGCAGCCGACUUUCCGCCGAUGGUCCGGAGCGAGAUGGCCAAGUCGCCUCCCACAGCGGCGGCGGCGGCGGCGCAGGAGCUCCAGAUGGAACUGCUGGAGAACGCGGCUCCCGCGGGGGCGCUCGGAGCGGCCGCACAGUCAUAUGGAAAAGGAGCUAGAAGGAAAAACCGAUUUAAAGGAUCCGAUGGGAGCACUUCAUCUGACACUACCUCAAAUAGUUUCGUUCGUCAGGGUUCGGCAGACUCCUACACCAGCCGUCCAUCCGAUUCAGAUGUUUCUUUGGAGGAAGAUCGGGAGGCGGUUCGCAGAGAAGCAGAGCGACAGGCCCAGGCCCAGCUGGGAAAAGCAAAGACAAAGCCUGUUGCAUUUGCAGUUCGGACAAAUGUCAGCUACAGUGCAGCCCAUGAAGAUGAUGUUCCUGUGCCAGGCAUGGCCAUCUCAUUUGAAGCAAAAGAUUUUCUGCAUGUUAAGGAAAAAUUUAACAAUGACUGGUGGAUAGGACGAUUGGUUAAGGAAGGCUGUGAAAUCGGAUUCAUUCCAAGCCCAGUCAAACUAGAAAAUAUGAGGCUACAGCAUGAACAGAGAGCCAAGCAAGGGAAAUUCUACUCCAGUAAAUCAGGAGGCAACUCAUCAUCUAGUUUGGGUGACAUAGUACCUAGUUCCAGAAAAUCUACACCUCCAUCAUCUGCUAAGCAGAAGCAGAAAUCGACAGAGCACACACCUCCUUAUGAUGUGGUACCUUCCAUGCGGCCAGUGGUCCUGGUGGGCCCUUCCCUGAAGGGCUAUGAGGUCACAGAUAUGAUGCAGAAAGCACUGUUUGAUUUUUUAAAACACAGAUUCGAAGGACGGAUAUCCAUCACAAGGGUCACGGCUGACAUUUCACUCGCCAAACGCUCAGUGUUAAACAAUCCCAGUAAGCACGCAAUAAUAGAAAGAUCCAACACAAGGUCGAGCUUGGCUGAAGUUCAGAGUGAAAUUGAAAGGAUUUUUGAACUUGCAAGAACACUGCAAUUGGUUGUCCUCGAUGCGGAUACUAUUAAUCAUCCAGCUCAACUUAGCAAAACUUCUUUGGCCCCGAUUAUAGUAUAUGUAAAGAUCUCUUCUCCUAAGGUUUUACAAAGGUUAAUAAAAUCUCGAGGGAAAUCUCAAGCUAAACACCUCAAUGUCCAGAUGGUCGCAGCUGAUAAACUGGCUCAGUGUCCUCCAGAGUUGUUUGAUGUGAUCCUGGAUGAGAACCAGCUUGAAGAUGCUUGUGAGCACCUAGCUGACUACCUAGAGGCCUACUGGAAGGCCACCCACCCUCCCAGCAACCUUCCCAACCCUCUUCUCAGCCGUACUUUAGCCACUUCAACUCUGCCGAUUAGCCCUACGCUAGCCUCUAAUUCACUGGGUUCUCGAGGUGACCAGCGGACUGAUCGCUGUGCCCCAGCCCGUUCUGCUUCCCAAGUUGAAGAAGAGCCCUGCCUGGAACCAGUUAAGCGAACCCAUCACCGUGCUUCCUCCUCUCAGCACCACAACCACCGCAGCGGUACAAGUCGAGGUCUCUCCAGGCAAGAGACAUUUGACUCAGAAACGCAGGAGAGUCGAGACUCUGCCUAUGUGGAGCCAAAGGAAGAUUACUCCCAUGAACAUGUGGACCACUAUGUCCCACACCGUGACCACAACCACAGAGAGGACACCCAUGGGAGCAGCGAGCACAGGCACAGGGAGUCUCGGCACCGUUCCAGGGACGUGGAUCGAGAGCAGGACCACAACGAGUGCAACAAACAACGAAGCCGGCAUAAAUCCAAGGAUCGCUAUUAUGACAAGGAUGGAGAAGGAUUAUCUAAAAAACGGAAUGAGCCUGGGGAGUGGAACAGGGAUGUUUACAUCCGCCCGUGACUUAACACUUUUGUGUGCUUUUCUUUUUUUUUUUUUUUUUAAGUCUUGUGUAACAGCACCCUCAGACAUUCUUUGAGGUCUACAUUGCAAAUCAUGUGAUCUGUCUUGUAUAUGUUGUAUUGCUGUUGCUUGAAUAGCAAUAGCAUGAGAUAGAGUAUUAACAUUUUUUCUUUUGUAUGUGUUCUAUAAAUCGCCUGGUACAGCUGCAGUCCUCCAAUUGUAUACUGGACUUUCCAAAAACUAUUUGGGGUAGUUGCCACUUGAACAAAACCUGUUGCCAUCCAGGUGGCAAAGUAUUUUAAGAAAUGUAGUUCCUAUGUCCAGCAAACCAGAAUCAGCCCAGAUAAAAGUGGAAUUUCUCAAAUCUCCAGGUUUUUAAUAGAUAGACACCUGAUUUGCAUCUUCAUUUAUUCACGGACCACUGUUGCUUGUACCUCUGGCUGACUAAAUUUGGGGACAGAUUCAGUCUUGCCUUACACAAAGGGGAUCAUAAAGUUAGAAUCUAUUUUCUAUGUACUAGUACUGUGUACUGUAUAGACAGUUUGUAAAUGUUAUUUCUGCAAACACCUUCUUAUAAUAAUAUAUAUAUAUAUCAGUUUGAUCACACUAUUUUAGAGUCUUAAUGCCAAGUCAGCAGAUUUGCUUUAUGAAUUACAGGGACUAGAAAUGCCCACAUUCAGGAAAUUUGUAAUAACAUCGUCUAGACACCUAUCCCCACUUUAGUAGAAAGUCUGUAUAUACUGUAAAUAUGCGUGAUUGCUUAACUUGAAAAAGUUUGAUUUCUAAAUGUUUUACCAUCCUUGUAAGUUUAUAAUUUUGACCAUAAAUUAUGGCAUAUAUAACCAAACCCCAAAGGUUGUUCUAAUCCAUGCAGUUCACACUGAUGGUGACAAACACAUUCAUAGUAACUAGUGUCUUACUGUCACUGCACUGGAGUAUACGAGCCGGAGUCCUGUAUGCACGUGCGUCUGUGUGGAAGAGUGUGCACGAGUGACUGGUUGUGAAUACUAAUGAGAAAACUAGAGACUGAAAUCUAGAAUUCUACCCACCUGGCUUUGUAUUUAAUUGUGCUGUACGUUGCUUUAAUGACCCAGUGAGCAGUCAGGGAAUGUGAGGAAGCUUGCUGCCAAAGGUAACUAGGAAAGCAUUCAUCUGCUGGCUCCUUGUUUUUGCUCCUAGAGAGUGAAAGUACAGGCUACUUUUAACUGUUAGUGUCUCACUGGAAUGUACAAUCUUUGUGUGCUUGAGUAUGUUUUAGUAAGAAACGUUUACACCGCUUGUAGAAUUAUUUCAUAGGAAAAUAAAUUUUUCUAAUUUCUCCCAUUUCCUUUUCUAACUUCGCCUAUUGUUCCUGUUUACCUCUCAUUCCAUCUCACCACCAACUGAAAAAGUUGCAUUGUCUUUCAAAACCCAGAAGUGCUUCUUACAACCAAAGUUUCUGCUCUUAAAUAAUCAGGGCAAAAUGAGAUGAGUUAAAGUGCAUAAAAUAUUAAACAUAUUUUCCUAUGUCAGACAUCUACUCUGAAGGGAAGCCUAGAAGAUACUAUCUCCAUGCCUCAAUUAUCCUGCUGUAUAAGAAGCUCACAAUGGUUAUCACACUAGGACGAAACCUUUUGUCUCUUACAUGUAUACAUGUACAUUUUGUCCAGUUAUUACUGGACAGAUAAAACAGUAUUAGAUGUGUAAGUAACUAGCUCUUGAAGUUUGUCCUUACAAAAUGCCUCUAUGAUUGCCUAACUUCUGAU